AUGUAUUCUGACAAUGCUUCAUCAGAAUUAAACAGGGGCGGUUCUGAUUUUCCCGAAUCUGUAGUUAUGUCAGCGAUAAAUUAUCUAGACCGGGAAAAAUGUUCAGAAGAAUACGGUGCACUUUAUUAUCAUCAAUUUUCCUGUCGUCAAUUUUCUUGUACGCUAUGUUUCUGCCACAAUCAGAAGCAGGUUGGCUAUGGUGGCUGUUUUGUUUAUUUGCUCCGAACUCCACAUUUUGUGACUACAACAAGUUGGCGCAGAAGGCUGUUGAGGUCGUUAGUCAGGUGGCAGGUGGCGGAUCCUCGUCGAAUGGCGCUUCAUAAUCGUCGGCAGGAUCUCCUUGAAAGUGCUUCUGAAGUCACACUGAAGAAUUCACUAUUGACUAAACAUUCAAAAUUACCACUUAAAAUGUUUCAAUGGACAUAA